CCGUGCGACAAGUUCAAAGACGGGCGAUGUGCAAAUUGUGCGAUUUCUGAAUUCGAAAUUUAUUUUUUUCUUUCUUUUUUUUUGUAUAUCAACUCCAACGGCACUAUGUGGAGGUGCUUUCUUUUCUUUGUGUUUGUUACGUACACUUUCACUGACGCGCAGGCUGAGUUAAUACGGGACAAACGUGGUGUGUAUACGAAGAACUUCUUUGGCGGCGUUUGGGGCAACCGCCCGCCAUGGCUGGAGCAUAACCAACCUAAGACGUCAUGCACAUGCAAGUGCGGCGAGAGGAAUGAAGUGUCCCGCAUUGUAGGCGGCGAGGAGGCUGGCAUCAACGAGUUCCCAUGGAUGGCCAAGUUGAUUUACUUCAAACGCUUCUACUGUGGCGGUAUGGUCAUCGCUGACAGAUACGUGCUCACUGCUGCGCAUUGUGUUAAAGGCUUUAUGUGGUUUAUGAUAAAGGUGACAUUCGGUGAGCACAACCGGUGCAAUGCCACAGUGAGGCCUGAAACUCGCUUUGUGAUACGUGUCAUCGCCCACAACUUCACCCUCACGAAUUUCGACAACGACAUCGCCUUGCUGCGCCUUAAUGAGAGAGUCCCUAUGAGCGCUGCCAUCAAACCAAUAUGUCUGCCUAAAAAUAAUCAAAAUCUCUACGUUGGCUCCAAAGCAGUUGCAUCAGGAUGGGGUACGUUGACAGAGGAAGGCAAGGUCUCGUGCACGCUGCAAGAAGUCGAAGUACCGGUGCUAAGUAACCAAGAGUGCCGGAAUACCAAGUACACGGCAACUAUGAUAACUGACAACAUGCUUUGCGCUGGAUACCCUAAGUCUGGGCAAAAGGAUUCUUGUCAGGGCGACAGCGGUGGACCUCUCAUCACAGAGAGAAAGUACGACAAGCGGUACGAGCUAAUAGGGGUGGUGUCAUGGGGUAACGGCUGCGCUAGGGUGGGCUAUCCCGGAGUAUACACAAGGGUUUCCAACUAUUUGGACUGGAUUAGAGAGAACACUCGAGACGCUUGCUAUUGUAACAACUGAAAUACAAGUUGAUCGGGGACUGAACACAUUUAUCCGCAGAAAUCUGUCAACAAUUUAUUAAGUACAUAAACAAGUUUUAGUAUGAUUUUUGGGC